AGUAGUGUACAAUAUGUUCAUUAUUUACAUAGUAGUAAAAUUUGGAUAAGUUUAUUUUUGAGGACUCCACAAACCUUAAAGACAUAAAUUGAAGUAGUAAUGAAUGUUUGAUUCAGUGUUUAUCAGUCUUUCAGGUACUCAGACGAAAAUUUUUUUACGAGUGCAUAGUCAAACUGGUUUAUACUUGCUCGUCAAAACGAUAUCGGAUAUUGGAAUGGACAUUUACUCCAAGGGUUUAUGGCGUUCAGGAGCAUUAUUUUAAAAUUGACGCUACUGUGCUGCAAAUAUGCAAGAGUCGCGUGUCCAAGUUGGGGUUAAGAAGCUCCCAAUGCAUCUUCAGAGUUCUCAAAAUCGUCUGCUUAUUAAAGGAGGAAAAGUGGUAAAUGAUGAUCGGAUGUUCACUGCUGAUGUUUACAUAGAAGAUGGGGUUAUCAGACAACUUGGUAACCAGCUGUCUAUUCCAGGGGGUGUUCGGGUUAUCGAUGCUGCUGGGAAAAUGGUUAUUCCAGGUGGUGUUGAUCCCCACACUUCUUUCGAGUCGUCAUAUUUGGGAAUUAAUACCUCAGAUGAUUUUUAUUCUGGUACCAAGGCGGCUCUGGCUGGAGGCACCACAACAAUAAUCAAUUGCGUCGCACCUACACAGUCAGCAUCGAUUUUGGAAACAUACGAAAAGUGCCGUCAGUUAGCGGAUACCAAAGUGUGUUGUGACUACACGGUACAUAUUGUCGUACCUCACUACGAUGCUAAAAUAUCUAAGGAGAUGGAAUUAUUGGUUAAAGAGAAAGGAGUAAAUUCCUUCAGAGUUUUCUUAUCCGGUGCAUGCGGCCUCCUUUUAGAUGACAAUGAUCUCUUUGAAAUUUCAAAACUGUGUCGAAAUCUUGGUGCUAUUUUGCAAGUGCAUGCAGAGAAUGGGAGGCUUGUCAAGAUCAUGGAAUCUAAGAUUUACAGUGAAGGUAUCACUGGUCCUGAAGGCUGUCUGUACGCACAUCCAGAGAUGGCGGAAGUUGAAGCUACACAUCGAGCACUUUCUGUAUGCGAUGCUGCUGGUUGCCCAUUAUAUAUUCUUCAAGUUACUAGUCCGAAAGCAGCUUAUCAAAUAUCUGAAGCACGUCUGAGAGGAAAUAUUGUUGUGGGUGAGACUUUGGCUGCUGCACUAGGAACUGAUGGUAGGCAUUACAAGAACACUUGCUGGCGCCAUGCUGCAGGAUAUGUUUUGUAUCCUCCACUACGAGAUAAUCCAUGCACUCCAAGUGAAUUAAUGCGCUAUGUCUCUACCGGUGUUCUAGAGUGCACUGCUAGUGGUCAUUGUGUUUUUAAAGCCGAACAGAAAGCUAUAGGCAAAGAUGACUUCCGCAAAAUUCCUCCUGGAGUCAAUGGAGCAGAAGAUAGAAUGUCUAUUGUUUGGGAAAAAGGAGUGGUUUCUGGUAUUAUGGAUCCGUGCAAAUUCGUUGCCGCCACCAGUACAAAUGCUGCUAAAGUUUUUAAUCUGUACCCGCAAAAAGGGAGAAUUGAAGUUGGAAGUGAUGCCGAUCUGGUUAUUUGGGAUGGUGACGCAACACGCACAAUAUCGGUGAAGGGCAAUCACGAAAACUCUGACUUCAAUAUAUUCGAAGGUGUUCAGUGCCAUGGAGUACCUGUUGUUGUAAUUACUGCUGGUCGUGUUGUGCUUGAGAACGGAGAGCUUAGAGUAACUCAAGGUGCUGGACGUUUCAUACCGGCUUCACCAUUUUCCCCUUAUAUUUUUGAGCGGACGAAACGACUCAACAUGCUACGAUCAGUUAAACCAAUUAUGCGUGACCCAUACAACGGUCCCGUAUCUACUGAAUUCACUGUGCCAACUGAAGAUGUCGGUGUCAAAAAUGGUACAGAUAAAAUGCCGGUUGGACCUGAUGGUGAUGGUUUACGUCCACGCUCCCCAACACGUUCAGGUGGUCGAAACAUGCAAGAAUCCAGUUUCUCUCUGAGUGGUGCGCAAUACGAUGAUGGUCGUCCAAUUCGCACAGCUAUUCGUACUAAACAACCUCCAGGUGGAGCAUCAAACUCUUUGUGGUAGAAACCCAACAUAACAUAGGUGGUACUUUUAAAGGAUUGAAGAAUCAUUUGAAAAAACACAACUGAAGUACAACGAACAAUCUAUAUAUAUAUAUGUCCCAGUUAUGUGACAUAUAUCGUAUGCUUUAUAUAUGUAUGCUCAGCCCACAAUUCUGUUUAGCUUUGUUGUAUUUAAUGUUUGUUUUUAUUAACUUGAAAAACUCGGUCGUCAGAAUACCGGCGUUUUCCAAGUUAUAUAUCAUAAAGCUUUCACUUUAA